UGGCAAUUGCUCUGGCCCGUCCAAUCUUAUAAUUUCAUCAAUUUUUUAUCUCUCCUUACCCCACUAUAAGAUUUCUUGCUCUCAUCCCCAGUUGUAUGAUUUCUAGUUGGCUUAGUUGAUGAUUGAUACUUGCUGAGGUUGUUCAUGAUUCCACAGGCAAACUCGGCUUCAGGAAUGGAUGUGCAUGAUGAUUGUAAGUUGAGGUUUUUAGAACUGAAGGCUAAAAGGACCAACCGCUUCAUAGUUUUCAGGAUCGAGGAAAAGCAAAAGCAAGUCGUUGUGGAGAAGCUUGGUGAACCUACUGAUAGCUAUGAAGAUUUCACUGCUAGCCUUCCAGCUGAUGAGUGUGGAUAUGCUGUGUAUGACUUCGAUUUUGUGACCAACGAGAACUGCCAGAAGAGCAGGAUAUUUUUCAUUGCUUGGUCUCCUGAUACAUCAAAAGUAAGAAGCAAGAUGAUUUAUGCCAGCUCAAAGGACAGGUUCAAAAGGGAAUUGGACGGUAUCCAGGUAGAGUUGCAAGCUACCGAUCCUACUGAGAGGGGUCUCGAUGUUAUACGGAGCCGCGCCAAUUAAUAAUGUAUCGUCUACUUUGAAAUGCGACUUUAUACUACCUGGUUCACAUAAAUGUAAUGUCUAUAGCAACUUUGGAUAUUGGAAUUUGGAAUUUGGUUUGAUAUUGGGUUGCUCUUAUAUCUGUGGAUUCAUCUGGGGUCGGUGUACCCCCUUUGGUGUCAUACUUGCUGACCAAUAUAUGAUGGUUUGUUGGGGUACCAAUUUCUUCACAAUGACUACUUCUUGCCUCUACC